UGCUGAUCUCAUCUUCACACUUGAUCGAUCAGACACACGCGAGAGAUCAAACGAUCGCGUAACGGUUUGACAUUUUUGUCAAUACGAUUUUAAUUUUUAUAAAUUUGACUAUUUUCUUUCGGCAAAAUAAACAUCGACGAACCAAAAUGGCUAGUCCCGCGGUAACAUAUAGAGAUGGAGAGGUCGAUUUACAUUUAAAUCCUGAAGAAGAUGGUAGUUUGGACGCAGAAAGUGACUCAAGCCGUUUAAUUGGCACAAUCAGUGAAAGAUCUCGGAGUAACAUAAGGUCUGCCAGGUUUUGGCGAAGAAAUUGUUAUUCCAUCUUCGGCCUUAGUAUUUUCAUCAUCGUUUGCGCUGUGGCUAUUGUUCGGUUGGCUAUAAAAGUUAGCCCCAGUAACGCACCUGAACAUGGACCUGCACCAGAAGCAAUCACAAUGGGAGUAAACGCCAAAGAGGGGGAAUUCCCGUAUCAAGCUUUGGUUUAUAACAAUUUCACGGAACUUAUAUGCGGUGGUUCCAUAUAUAACAAACGUUUUAUUAUAACUGCAGCUCAUUGUGUAACAGAUCUAGAGAAUGGGACAGUACAUGAUCCCGCCAAUAUCAUAGUGAGAGUUGGACUUACCAGAAUAGAUGACCUAAACGCUAUAGAAAGAACUGCGUACAAAGUCCAUGUCCAUUACUUAUUUGGAGACCCUAACUAUCCUUACAUUGCCGACAUCGCUUUAAUCGAAGUAAAAGAAGAUAUUAUUUUCAAUAAAAAAAUUCAACCUAUUCGACUUUCUAAGAGACUAGAGGAUACUAAGGAAGGAACACCAGUAACUAUUACCGGUUGGGGAGAGACGUGGCCCUACUCAAAAUUGGUGACUAUGAACUUGCAGGUUGGAAAAAGUGUCAUUGUAAAUUUUGAUAAUUGCUCUAUAGAUUGGAAACGUGCAAUGAAUGCAACAACGGUCCGACGAACUAUGUUUUGCAUGUCACCAGAACAGUCUUCUUGCUAUGGUGAUUCUGGAGGUCCCAUAGUUAACAAGGAUAAAGUUCAAGUAGGUAUAGUCUAUUACAGUUUCGACUGUGGCGUGAACACGACAGUUCCAAGUGUGGCCACUGAAAUUGCUCCUUGGCGGUCGUGGAUAAGGAAAACCGGAAAUUUGACUGUAGUGUUCAACCGGGAAUUAGCUUUUCUCAAUGAACAUAUUAACAUUGGCCACUUAGAUAUAAUGUUGGAUGAAAUGUUACAUAUGAAUCCAUUCAUACAACAUCAUGGAAAUAAAUCCAACAUAUUUAACCAUACUUAUGAAACGACCCAUUUGAGUAAUCGAAAUGCAACGACUGGAAGCGCAACUGCAGUCCUAAACUCAUCCAUUCCGUUAGACGAUGUAUUAAACAGACGUGGACCCAGAGUAAGCAUUCCGAGAUCUUAUAUAACCCCGAACAACCCCGGCCCCUUCCCAGCUAUUGAUAAAAAAGUAUAUCUCAAGAGUGUUAAUAUGACUGCGCCGUUAAGGAAGUUUUUGAAUCCACAACCAAAACCAAGUCAAUCACGCCACAAUAAAAAUCGAGGCCGACUGAUUAUGCGUCUUCUGUGAUAAAAUACGUAAUUGUAUAUAUUGCAAUUUUUAUGAUAAUUCUAAAAUAUAAAACUACUUUUACUACCUA